AUGGAGUCUACUAGAGAAGAACGCAUGCAACAACGGCUACGAGGAGCCCAACGUCAAGUUAAAGAUGUCGACUUUGGUUUUAUGUUACCAGCUUUUGCUGCGCCGCCUGCAGCUGCACCUAGCCCAGCUCCAGCUCUGGCAAUUUCAAAUUCACUUUCAGAAACUCCCGCGAACCCAGAAACUCCUCAACCCGAUUUACCUUCAGAACCUAUAAGUCAAACGCCAGCUACUGCUACCGGAAAUCGUGAUAAAUCUUCGAAUAUACUGGGUUUACAAUCAAACAAUAUUACGAGAUCCAAUACUGGGAAUGAUGCAAAUACGUCCGCGAAAAGAAGGAAGUUAGAAACUGAUGAACCACCAUCAUCUUCCACCAGAAGUAUGCGGUCUUCUCGAAGUUCUGCCAGGAAAGAUAUAUAUGAUAUGCCAGAGGACGAUGAGGAAGAGCAAGUUGCGGCGGAUCAUUCAAACUCAAUAAUUUUAGAAUCCUCCAAGGAAGAUGUCCCAGAACCAGAAGGUAUCGAGAUUGCACCAUCACCUCCCCAGAUACAAUCCGAGCCAAUUGAGUCCAUCGAAAAAGAUGUAUCAAAUGAACCUAUGGUGGCAGGCGACGAUAAAGAAUUGUUUGCGGAAGAUAAGCCACCACAAGAAGAAACCGACCUUACGGGCGUGGACGCAGCAGAAUCCCCCAAAAUAAUACCACGCCCAUCGCGGAACAAACGAAAGAGAGAUGAGCCGUCUUCUGAACCCUCAGGGCUAGAUCAAUCGGUAAUUACUGAAGCCGACCACCUGGAUACCACUAAUGACAGUAUUGAGGAAGUCGUACCAGAGCGAAGACGAUCCCGUAGGAAAUCGGCUUUGCAGGAGGAAGUUGAAAUCAUUGAGGAUGAAAAUCUGGAGGAUUCUACGGAGCAAGCGGAAGCGAUUGAUGAUUACGAAGCGGCAGUAACGUUGAAGAAAAGUCGAGGACGAAGAAUAUCCAGGAAUGUUGUUGCUUCUGAUGAAUCUAUUCCAGAGGAUUCUGCACCACCCAGAUCGCCUAUUGCAAAGAAAAAGCGUGGUAGGGUUCGACAGGUCGCUAGUCCGGUACAGCAACGUCAGCCAGCACCUCCGAAAUCCAAAUCUCAAAGGGCGGAGAAAAGGAACAAAAAGCAGAAGGCUCGCGAAGGAAGUCCAAUACCUGUUACUGUGCAUCGUUUGACAAAAGGUCCUGUGUACGAUGACGAUGUUUCCGAUGCUGAUAUUCUCAAUUCUGAAAUGCCAUGUACGACAAGAGCAGGGGUAAAUGCUGUGGAUGUUCUUAGUCAAAUAUGUCAAGAGUUGGUCACUGCUGGGCUCGAAACCCUUGGGGAGAAUGCAGUUAGAACUCAGGAUGCUGCUCAAAGACUUGAGUACAAGACGAAGAUUCGAGCUGUAGAAAGUUUUAGUAAAGAAUUGCAGGUUCGCCUUCUAGAACAUAAGAAGAAGUUAUCUCUGAGAGAGGAAAUCCUUCGUGUAAGAGCUGAACGAGAAAAGGUUGCUUUACGUAUGGAUGGGAUUCGAAUUGCUCACGAGAAGGAUUCACAUGAUGCUCAGCAACGGGAGUUACUCAACACAACAGUACAUGAUAUUGAGCUUGCAGUUGAGCGAGGAAAAUCCACCUCCGACAAUACAGAUGAUGGAAAAUCAAAUAUAGAGCUCAUGCUCAAACGUGUCGCAUCUGAAGCAAGUAGCACAAGUGAUGAUGGGGGCAUUUUAAAACAGAUCAAGGCAUUUAAUGCUUUCAUGGAACGAGCUGCAUUGGCGUUGGAGGGAAGGAAAGCUGUUUGA